CAGUUCACUGACUUUAAAAAUUAUGCUUUAACUGCCUCUCUCAAAGAGAAUCCUAAAUUAGAACGAUCCAUAGCUCUAUUCAACGGACUUUCCCAAUGGGUGCAGUGCAUGGUCCUCAACAGGACAACACCAGCUCAAAGGGCAGAGGUCAUUGUGAAAUUUAUUAAUGUGGCACAAAAACUUCGAAAUUUACAGAAUUUCAAUACUUUAAUGGCUGUGGUUGGUGGCCUAACUCACAGUGCUUUGGCUCGACUUAGCAAGACCAAUGCAUGUUUGUCUUCAGAUACACAGAAACUCCUCAUAGAAUUGACAGAAUUAUUGUCUACCAAUAACAAUUUUAGUAAUUACCGGCGCCAAUAUCUACAGUGUACGGGUUUUCGAGUACCUAUAUUAGGGGUUCACUUAAAGGAUUUGAUUUCACUUCAUACAGCCCUUGCUGACAAAGUUGAUGGGGUCUCCACCAGCUUAAUUCACUUCCGUAAAAUGGUUCAACUUUAUCAAAUCUUUAAAGAACUCACUUGCCUACAAAAUGAAAACCUUCCUCUUGAUACCAAUAUGGACCUUGUUAAUACUCUUCGGUUGUCUCUUGAUAUGCAUUAUACAGAAGAUAAUAUCUAUGAAUUAUCGCUCGCACGGGAGCCUCGGUCAUCAUUGAGUGCACCAGUUACUCCUACAAAGCCUGUUGUGUUCGCUGACUGGGUUGCAGGAGUAAGUCCACCAGAUGCUGAAACGAUAAACAAACACGUGCAUAACAUGGUGGAGGCUGUAUUCAAGAACUAUGACCACGACAAAGAUGGCUUCAUCUGUAAUGCUGAGUUCGAAGCAAUUGCAGGAAAUUUCCCAUUCAUUGAUUCCUUUUGUGUCCUUGAUGCUGACAAGGAUGGUAUGAUAAGCAAAUCCGAAAUGAAAACAUAUUUUAUACGUGCCAACUGCCAUUCACUGCGAAGCAGCUUCAAACAUGAUUUUCACGAGAAAACCUAUUUUCAACCAACAUUUUGUACUCAUUGUACUGGACUGCUUUGGGGCCUCAUUAAACAAGGAUGGAAAUGUAAAGAUUGUACCAUCAAUGUACACAAGCACUGUAAAGAUAUGGUUGUUAUGGAAUGUCGACCAAAGCUAAACAGCCCACGCAGGCAUGAUUCUGUUUUUAAUGAUUCUGAAUAUAGUUGUUAUAACAACAAGCACCGAAUGUUGCAUGAUUCAAAAUCUCAUCGUAGCACACAGACUGAUAACGAUCUUUUGUUAACGCCAAACGCAAAGCCACUGAGUGAGGCACCGGUAAAUGGGGAAGAAUUCUAUGAGGAACAAUCUCUCCUUUAUGACAGACUCUUGAAAGCUGAAGAAGAGCAGUGUAUUACGGAAGAAAUCCAGCUCGAGAAAAGAUGAUUGCGGAGAAUGCAUUUCUGAAAUCUUGUUUGGACAUGUCACUUGAGCAGAAUGUGACAUUGAAAUGUCAAAUUGGACUGAUUCGACAGCACACCAUUUCCUUCAUCCUAAACCAGAUGGACAUUUUACAUCUGUAUAAGGAAUCUGAA